UUCAAUCGUGCUCUUUGCUGCAACAGUCGUUCUUUCGGGCAGGUCGCGAGCCAUUGAUGAUGUCGGGUACCAUAGGCUAUACUCACCAUUAUGGGACGUAGUGACAUACCAAAGGAUGCAUUUCCAUGCUGACCUGCAUGGCACUUCACGUUUCACGGGCGCAAUACGACCAGAGCUAGACGCUGCAUGGGAGAGUGUGGUCGAAACGAACUUGAUCCUGAUCGACGAGCAAAGCAUGGAUGCUCUCAAAGAGCCCAAGGAGAAUGCAACUAAGCUUGGGGAUAAGUAUUUUGCGGUGGUAGAAGUGUUCCACCAGCUGCACUGCGUCGAUCUCAUCCGCAAGUACAUCCACCGAGACAACUACCCCGAUUACAUGGCAUUUCAGGACCCAGAGAGCACCGUUCUAGCUCAUGUAGAUCACUGCGUGGACCUUAUUCGUCAAGUGAUUCAGUGUAAUGGCGACGUGGGCCUGGUGGUUUUCGAUAAUAUGGGACCAGGGAACGCCCCGCAGCCGAGAUUCUCCAAUAGACAUACCUGUCGGGAUUUUGGGGCGAUACAAAAGUGGGUGAAGGAUCAUAGCUGGGAAGGUCAUUGAGAAUGUUGCAUAUGUUAUGCUGUAUGAUGAUGUUUGUUGGGGUAGUUCGAUGAUUGGUGUAUUCUCCCAGGGGG